AACCAAUGACAAAGGUGUGAGUGUUUUUAAUUAAUACAUUUUCAACUAAUAAACUGUUUAAAAAAAUUGUAAAGCCUCUUUGAGCUACCGAAACAUAUUUAAAGAAUAGAAAACUUUAAGAAAUCCUGCAAAAGUAAAACAAAACCUGGCUUUCGCGUAGUGUGACCUCUGACUUGUGGGUCUGUCGUGCUAGAACUUGGGCUGCCUUCGGCUCGUCGCUCGCGAGGGCUAGCUCCUGGCAGUCGCCUUUCGUCCUUGCUGCGGUCUAGAGCCCCAGUUCUCGCUCCUAGCCAGGCUAGAGGCGCCUCCUUCGGCGCUGAGGUGUGCGUGCUAAUGGCAGUGUAAUGAGUGCGCCGUGCUAAUCGUUAUGCAAUCGCCUAGCUUCGAUUUCCAGCCGCAGUGAAACAUGUCUCUCAAGCGUUAUGCAACUCUGCUGGCCUUCGGUCAACAUCAGAACCACAAUCAAACUAACACAAUCCCCACAUUGGUGGUCUCCACAACGGAGGGGAUUCCACCAUCGUCAUCCGCAGCUAGCGAGGAGCAGCUGCAGUCCCAGGAGCACAUCUCGUCCUCCUCCUCGAUUGCCACACACACCACCUACUAUACCGGCGGAUUGGGACAAUAUCACCAGCAGCGCGGUGGCUCAGGAUCCGUCAUUUCGGGCGUGGGCGGCGGCGGAGGACCUAGUGGACCCCAGACGUAUGCAAAUGUUGUCAACGGCAAUGUGAAUCUGCUGCUCGGCGGGGCGAUGCUGUCCCUGGUGACGACCGUAUUGUGUGUGGUCUGCUAUUGUUGUCAUCGCAAUAUCAAAAAGCGCACAGAGGCCGCCUACAGGCAGCAGCAGCACCAGUGGCUCGAAGGCGAUCCCAACAUGGAAAUAUACAGCGUGGAGCAGUGCUACGAGACGUCUGGCCUGUUCCUGGGCGACUCCACGGAUGGCCUGUCCACUGUGCCCGCCCUGCACCACGAACCGCCGCCCUCCUACGACGCCGUGGUGCUCCACGAGCAGCAGCUCCACCAGCAGCAGUUGGAGCAGCAGCAGCAGCAACAGUUGCAGCUGCAACUGCAACAGCAGCAGCAACUCCUGAUGCAGCGCGUCUCGCCGCCUCCCGGCUAUCGAUCCUCCCUGGACAUAAGCGGCCAGCCGGGAACGAGCUUUGGCCGCGGCACCCCCGAUGGCAGUGUGGAUGCAGUGGCCGGUGGCAGUGGCGGAGCAGGAGCAGGUGGAUCCGGAGGUCUGCUGGUCAACAAGCAGCUGCAACUCGCCCUAAAUGCCCAAUCCUGCUGCUCCCUGCAGCGGGCCGAGGUGGAGAGCAUGUGGAAUGCUGCGGCGGCGGCGGUGGCUGCCCGCAGCGGAAAUUGCCUGGAAAUGGAGACGCUGCAGGUGCGUAAGCCGGCGCAGAACAUCAGAUUGAACACCUUCGGGCGGCGGUACCUGCAGCAGAGCCAUCAGCAUAGUGGCAACCACUACCGACGCGGCUGUCCGCUGUGCGGCAAGUUCCGCUACGAAGGUGAGGCGGAAGACGAGCCGCUGACCGCGCUUUCCGUGGAGAGCGGUCUGAAUAUGGGCGGGCGCAGGGAGGAGCCGACUGCCUGCCCCUGUCCCAGUGACAUCGACAAUGGCAACCACAGUUCGGCCGACGCUCUGCAGGAUGAGGCCAACGGGAACGUUGAGUUCCCCACCGUGGACGAUGAACCACCUCAAAAUGAAGCCAUACCCAUAACCGCCGUCGUCAAUGAUGAAAAUGACAACGCAGCAGCAUCCGUCACACCAGCCGCAUCCAGCAAUGGCAGGCAGCCGGAGCAGACGGAGGAGGUGGCACGGGCCGAGGGAGGGCAACAGGAGGAGCAGGAUUUGAACAACAUUAACGAGAACGGCAUCGUCAGCCUGGACAUGAGCAAAAUCAUUGACAGAUCGGGCCUGCCCACAUACGAGGGAGCCAUCAAACUGGAGUCCAGUGGUUAUGUGUGAGCCUGAUAAGGAAAUGGACAUUGGUCGAAAAGCUGCAGAGCAAAACCUAAACCACAAGUGUGCUUUAACUACGAUUAAGAUGGGUUGCAAAUGGAGAACAGUGGGGUCCUCAAGAUAUUAUUUGGAAUCUUAAAAACGAGCCCUUAAAAACAAAAACCCCUUGGUUUUUGGAACAUCAUUGCUAAGACCUUAGUUAAGUCAUUGCAGAAUAUCACUCCUAAUGUAAGCAUAAAAAUAACGCAUUAAGC